AUGACGACAGAUGAGCAACAUCAGAGCAACACCGCGAGCCAGGAUGACAACCAAACCAUACGCCAGAUGGCAGAGACAAUCAGGAAACUGCAGGCUGACAUGGACACUCAGAGAGAAACAUGGAGGUCAGAAAGAGAGGCACUGCAAAGAGAGUUAACAACGGCAAGGUCAAGGUCUAAUCCGACGGCAAGAGAGACAUUGGCAAGCGUCUCAAGACGUCUGAACAUGGAUGACGAGGAAGAAGAAGAGUACGACGAAGAAAUUGAAGCAGAACCCGAGCCAAAUGAGGAGAAUCCAGAGGCAAAUGACAGGACUGAAACCGAGAACCCAUCGGGAGGACCUAACAAUGGGGGGCCACGUGUUGAAGGGCGUAAGAAGGAGAGUAAGAAAAAGAAACAGUCUCACAAAUCGACAAAGUCACGUAGCCGUGAUUCAAUGCGAAAGGAACUACAGGCACUAAAGGAAAUGGUGCAACGAAUUCCGGGGAUGCCUAAGCCCUUGGAAAAGGCCGCACCCAUGAGCUACGCGGAUUCCCCUUUUUGUGACAACAUUGCGCUGGUGGAGACACCAAAACGCUUCGCGGUGCCACCGAUGAAGGCUUACGACGGGACCACUGACCCUCAGGAGCAUGUGGCGCAAUACAAACAGAGGAUGUUCACCGUGCCCAUCACAAAGGAGCUACGGGAGCCUUGUAUGUGUAAGGGCUUCGGCUCGACGCUAGCUGGACCGGCAUUACAGUGGUACGUGAGUCUUCCUAACGGCAGUAUAGAAACCUUUGCCGACUUAGUCGACGCCUUCAACCUCCAAUUCGCUAGCAGCAGGGUGUUCGAGAAGACAACAAGUGACUUAUACAAGAUAGUGCAAGGGUUCAGGGAGCCCCUGAGGGAUUACUUAACCAGGUUCAACCGUGAGAAGGUGACAAUCACGAAUUGUGACACUCCGACAGCGGUAGAGGCAUUCAGAAGGGGACUGGAGAAAGACUCACCACUGUACGACGAACUCACUAAGUACCCUUGUAAGACCCUUGACGACGUCCAGGCAAAGGCAAUGGCGCAGGUACGCCUGGAGGAGGACAAAAGGGAGCGUGACGACAAAUAUUAUCGCCCAAAUCGCAAAGUUCUGAGCACACGAACCAGGGACUACAAGCCCUACAGCAGAGACGCGAGAGAUGCGAAAGAAGAUGCACGGAUCAAUUCCACACAAGAGCAUUCUGAUUGGAGGAAAGACCCAAACUUACCACCCACAUACGAUAGCUACGGGUUCACAGUCACACCAUCUGCCAUGAUGAGGGAAUUUACAAAGCUAGGCGACGUGGUGAAAUGGCCUGUCAAGAGCAAUAAACCGAAAGCUAACCCAGAUUCUAAGCUUUGGUGCGACUUCCAUGGUGAUUAUGGCCACAAGGCCUCUGAUUGUGUAGCGCUGAGACGGGAACUCCACUACCUCACCAAAAAAGGCUAUUUAACAGAAUUCAUGCCAGCUGGGGGGAACACGCAAGACAGAAAGGACAGGACACCACCAAAGUUGCCACCACCACCUUACCAGAAGGUCAUCAACUUCAUAGCAGGAGGUUCAGAAGUGUGUGGUGCAACAUACUCCCAGGCCAAACGAGUGGCUCGACGAGCUGACAAGCAGGUUGCGAUAGUAAACAAGAGACUUGAAGAAACAACUGCCUUAACCUUUGACGCACGGGACAAGGAACACGUCAAAGAACCACAACAAGACAGCCUGGUAAUAUCACUUCCUGUGGGAAACUGCCUCAUCAAGAGAAUCAUGGUAGACAACGGUAGCGCAGCCAACAUCAUGAUGAAACACACAUUGCAAGAGAUGGGACUAGCUGAAAGUGACAUGAUCAGACGCUCAACAACGCUGGUGGGAUUCAGUGGAGAGACAAAGAAGACUAUGGGCGAGAUCACACUACCAACAUAUGCGCAAGGGGUCAAUGUUCUGACAAAGUUCCUCAUAAUCGAUUGCGACUCGACCUAUAACAUAAUCAUGGGGAGACCAUGGAUUCACGAGCUGCAAGCUGUACCAUCAACAGUCCAUCAAGUCAUUAAAUUCCCCACACCUUGGGGAGUUCAACAAAUCAAAGGAGAUCAGGCUACGGCAAGAGAGUGCUACAAGACAUGCAUGAAGCCUACUGUUGAACAUGAACUCCGGGCGGAUCUGGAACAUGCCCCUACCAUGACAGGACCCGAGAAGCUGACAGAGGUCACCCUUGACACAGGGGACAAGAAAGUGCUCGUUGGGGAGGACCUAUCUCCCAGCCUAGAAGCAAACCUAGUAGACUUCCUGACAACACGACUUGACGCCUUCGCCUGGGAGCAUGAAGACAUUACGGGAAUUAGCGCGGACGUGAUCACACAUAAGCUCAACGUUGAUCCCAAUCAUAAACCUGUCCAACAGAGAAGGAGGAAAUUCGCUGCAGAAAGAAACAAGAUCAUCAACGAGGAAGUAUCACGCUUAUUGAAGGCAGGAAUGAUAAGAGAGGUGGAUUAUCCGGAGUGGCUUGCGAACGUGGUCAUAGUACAGAAAAAGAAUGGAAAAUGGCGAGUAUGUGUCGACUACACCGACCUCAACAAAGCAUGCCCAAAAGACCCAUUCCCAUUGCCACACAUAGAUACCAUGGUGGAUUCGACAGCUGGACACGAACUACUAACCUUCCUAGACGCCUCCAGUGGUUUCAAUCAGAUUCAGAUGGACCCCAAAGAUGCUGAAAAAACUGCCUUUGUCACCGAGAGAGGAAUAUACUGUUAUCUUGCAAUGCCCUUUGGAUUGAGGAAUGCGAGUGCAACGUUCCAGAGACUCGUCAACAAGAUGUUCAAGGAGAAAAUUGGUAACACCAUGGAAGUCUACAUUGACGACAUGGUGGUCAAGUCACUUAACGCAGAGGAUCAUGUCAAGCAUCUCGAAGAAGUGUUCGACAUACUGCGACAGUACAACAUGAAACUUAAUCCACAGAAGUGCAAUUUCGCUGUCUCUUCGGGAAAGUUCUUGGGCCACAUGGUUACGAGAAGAGGGAUAGAGGCAAGCCCGGAACAGAUCAAGGCGGUACAAGACUUGACAAGUCCAUCUAACGUCAGAGAAGUGCAAAAAUUGACAGGGAGAGUUGCUGCCCUGAAUAGGUUUAUUUCACGUUCCUCCGACCGGUGCCGUCCAUUCUACAACGUUCUAAGGAGAAACAAAGGUUUCACUUGGACUGACGAACAUGAAAAAGCCCUCUCAGAGCUAAAGCAAUAUUUGACAUCACCACCACUGCUUGCAAAACCGCUGCCAAACGAAGAUCUCUACUUAUAUCUGUCCGUCACCAGACAUGCGGUCAGCAGUGUGCUAGUAAAAGUUCACGAAGGCAUACAGUCACCAGUUUACUACACAAGCAAGAGUCUGGUCGAAGCUGAAACAAGGUACACACCACUUGAGAAACUGGUUCUUGCACUUACCAUGACAUCCACCAAACUGAGACACUAUUUCGAGACACACAAGAUACAUGUCUUAACGAAUUUCCCUUUAAGGACGGUCCUGAGCAAACCGGAGUUGACAGGACGCAUGGCGAAAUGGGCCAUCAAACUCAGCACCUAUGACAUCGUAUACGAACCAAGAACGGCCAUCAAGUCGCAAACCCUAGCUGAUUUUGUGGCUGAUUUCAGCCCAAACCAGAUGGCACUAGCAGAAGAGGAGUUGCAACGAAUGACAACAUGUCAAGAAGCACAGUCAUGGAUUCUCUACACCGACGGAGCUUCAAAUGUAAAUGGCACAGGGCUCGGACUUGUGCUGAAAUCGCCACAAGGGGACAAGAUCGUGUACUCAGUAUCUUGUGAGUUCAAGGCCACUAAUAACGAAGCGGAAUACGAAGCACUCAUUGUAGGUCUGACCACAGCCAAAGACAUGAAGGUUAAACACAUUGAUGUAUAUUGUGAUUCUUUAUUAAUUGUUAAUCAAGUCAACGGCUCUUACGAGGCAAAAGACUCAAAGAUGCUUACAUAUCUUGACAUGAUAAAGAAAUUACAACUAUCGUUUGACACAUUUAACAUUCAACAGGUCCCGAGGGAAUCCAACACACAGGCCGACGCCUUGGCAGGCUUGGGGUCAGUGCUCAAAAAUGCUGGUAUAACAUCUAUCCCUAUUGUACACAUCAUGCAACCUGCGAACUUAAGAAUGAAAGAACAACUUGCCUUAUGUGUUGACAAUAUGCAAACAGAUGACGGUACAGAAAACUGGAUGCAGCCCCUCAAGAAUUAUCUCCAACAUGGCACAUUGCCAGCAAAUACUAAUGAGGCUCGGGUUCUACGAAUGAAAGCUUCACGUUUCACAUUACUUGAUGAUGUACUUUUCAAGAAGUCGAUCACAGGCCUCCUGCAGAGGUGUCUGCACAAACAUGAAACUGAUCUAGUGCUACGUGACCUCCAUGAUGGUGAAUGUGGCAACCACACUUCGGGCAGGAGCCUAUCCAUGAAGGUCCUGCGAAUGGGCUACUAUUGGCCAACAGUCAAAAAGGAUGCAGAAGACUACGUAAGGAGCUGUGACGCCUGCCAGAGGCACGCACCCAUCAUUCACCAACCCUCAGAGGAACUCCACGCCACAAUGCCUUCGUGGCCAUUCAUGAAGUGGGGAAUGGACAUAGUCGGGAAGAUGCCUCCAGCCCCUGGGCAAAAGGUCUACAUGCUGGUCAUGACGGAUUAUUUCUCCAAAUGGAUUGAAGCGGAGGCUUUCCGACAGGUGACGUCAAAGGAAGUGGUGUCAUUCAUCAAGAGGAAUAUCUUGUGCAAAUUCGGAAUACCAUCUGAAAUUAUUUGCGACAAUGGGUCACAAUUCAUAAGCGACAAAACUGAAGCAUUCUGCAGAAGAUACAACAUCACCCUAGUAAAGUCUACCCCCAGGUAUCCGCAAGCAAAUGGACAGGCUGAAUCAAGCAACAAGAUACUCAUAAACAACUUAAAAAGGAGAUUGACAGGUUACAAAGGAAGGUGGGCCGAAGAGCUACCUUGGGUCCUGUGGUCCGACAGAACGACCCCUAAAGCGUCAACAGGACAGACUCCCUUCAGUCUAGUUUACGGGACGGAGGCGGUACUCCCGACGGAAGUGAUGAUGCCUACGGCCAGAUAUGGCCUGAUUACUGAAGACACCAAUCAAGUCAACAUGGGGCACGACCUCGACAUGAUAGAUGAAACUAGAGAGAUGGCUAAGAUGCGUCUGACAGCAUACCAGCAGAAAAUAGCCAGAAGCUACAACAAGAACGUACAUGUGCGAGCAUUCCGCGAAGGUGAUAUGGUUUUAAGGAAAGUCUUCCAGAACACAAUAGAAAUACCAGCGGGGAAGUUCGCGGCUGCCUGGGAAGGGCCUUACUUGAUAGAUGCAGUGGUCGGCAAAGGAGCUUACCGUUUAUCAACUUUGGAUGGGCAGCAAGUUCCACGAAGUUGGAAUGCCUUACAUUUGAAGCUUUAUCACGUGUGA